GAAUCGUGUGCUCCUAGCAAGCAAUCGCUCUAUCCCAUACAUACAUACAGUACAAUACAAUUCCUUCUCGUGUUGUUUGAAUUUUUUAGUUGAUUUUUGUCGACGUGCAGACACCAUCGUCAACGUCGCCGUAGUUGUUGACAGUGUGUUUUAAUUUUUCGUUUGUGUCGCUUUUAUUUUCAUUUAUUUAUUGUUGUGGUGAACCAUGUGGCGGAUGCAGUGGCCGUGUGUUUCGGCGACCAAAGAGGAAACGACAGUAUAAAUAGCUUCAGAACAAAAAAUACAAAUCCAGUUGCCAAUACCUGAACAACGUCACCAUCACUCAACCAUCCAACAAAAAUUCAACACUGCAAUUAGAAUCUACUACCAGCUGCUAAAUAUUCACACUACCAUCGGAAGAGGGAAAGAGAGCCCAUCAGCGAAACAAAAAAGAUAAAGAUAAAACACGAUAUGUGCCGUAAUAACUUAUGAUAAAACUCCGUUCGUUAUCUCUUAUCUUAUCAGUCGAGAUUCACCGUUCGGCGCUCAGUGUGUCGCGUACAGGUGCUUGUAAACGCGAGUGAGUGUUAGUGUGUUGAAUAUCGUUUUUUUAUAAUCUCGGGAUCAGUUUUGCUUGUGUUUUCGAACGACGACGAAAAUAUGUUGCACUCGUUGGACGCGCUAGCCGGUAAACUAUCUCCAGGUGCCUCGUCCAAUGCCCAGGGCAGUCCACAGCAGCAGCAGAACCUGCUGGACACCAACGCCAACAGGGUGCAUCCCUACCUGAAGCAAGGCAACGCCGCCAGUUCGACAAGCUCAAUAGCGAUGAACAACAACAACACAACGCAAACGAACAACAACAACAGCCACACGAACAACAAUAUUUUGGAGAGCCAAACCAACGCCAAGCUCCAGGACCAGGAACAACCCGAUCCGGACACGAUCAAAAUGUUCGUGGGCCAAGUACCGAGGUCGAUGGACGAGAACGACUUGCGGCAGAUGUUCGAGACGUACGGACGGGUCCAUUCCAUCAACGUGUUGAGAGACAAAGCGACAGGUGCCAGCAAAGGAUGUUGUUUUGUAACGUUCUUUACCCGAAAGGCUGCCCUACUAGCUCAAGAUGCCUUACAUAAUGUAAAGACUCUAUCAGGGAUGCACCAUCCCAUCCAGAUGAAGCCGGCCGACAGCGAGAACAGGAACGAGAGAAAACUUUUCGUGGGGAUGCUGAGCAAGAAGUACUGCGAGAACGACGUGCGCGCCCUCUUCAACGGCCUCGGCUUGAUCGAGGAGUGCACCGUGCUCAGGGACACUUCCGGUAAUUCGCGCGGCUGCGCCUUCGUCACGUUCAGCACGAAGCAGGCCGCGCUCCUAGCCAUCAAGAACCUCCACCAGUCGCAAACGAUGGAGGGAUGUUCGGCGCCGCUGGUGGUGAAAUUUGCGGACACGCAAAAGGAGAAGGAGCUGAAAAGGCAGCAACAGAUGCAGGCGAAUAUGUGGAAUACUUUAGGACCAACGCUGGCCGCCCCCACGUUAGCCUCGCCACCCCAGCAGUACAGCGGGCCCGUACUGUCCUCUGAUGCCACCUCCCUCCAGCUCUUGCAAGCGAUGGGCGGCACGGCGCUGCUCCAGCAACAGCUCAUGGCCAACUCGGAGAACCUGCUCGCGCCCAUCGGCGUCCAGAACCUGGUCACGUUAGCCGCUAUGUCGCAACCGGCGGCCGCGGCGACCGCUCCCCUCUGCGUCGCCAAUUUGCUGGGCAAAGGGGCGGCGGUGGAGCGGUCCAUGACGGCGGCAGGUUUGCCUGCUGGUUUGGGUACCGCCGCGUCGGAUCUGGGCGCGUACGGAUCGCUGUUCACGAACGCCACGUUGAGCGCGGCAGCUUUGGCCGCGGCGGGCAAACAGAUUGAAGGUCCGGAGGGCUGCAACCUGUUCAUCUACCACCUGCCGCAGGAGUUCACCGACACCGACCUGGCCAGCACCUUCCUCCCCUUCGGCCCAGUCAUUUCCGCCAAAGUGUUCAUUGACAAACAAACGAACCUGUCCAAGUGUUUCGGUUUCGUGUCGUUCGAUAACGCCUCGUCCGCCCAGCAGGCGAUAGCGGCUAUGAACGGCUUCCAAAUCGGCACCAAGAGGCUCAAAGUGCAGCUGAAGCGGGCCAAGGAGGCGGCCAAACCGUAUUAACCAAAGAUAUAUAGUAGGUUUACGCAGUGAGCUGUGCGGAUGGGGGGUCGGUAGGUCGGGGUAAUGGGGAUGCUAGUCGAAAGUUCACAAAAGAAGUGUUUGUUUCUUUACAAAUACUAUAAAUUCUCAGUUUUUUAGGCUCGAAAUUCUCAGUACUUUUAUUUUUGUCAAUAAAUUUCAAGAAUAUUUAGAGCACAGAAGAUUCAACAAUAGAGUAUCAUGCUGACGGAUUUUAAUUCAAGCCAGUAACUUUAUUAUGGUACUGCAUAUAAGCAGACAUACGAUAAAUUACAUUUUAAAUAACUUUUAGUUAUUGCCAUAGAAUCUAAAAGAAAACAGUCGAAGUGUUUGUUUCUCAAUAAAUACUAUAGUCUCAAUUUUUAAGACUCAAAACUCUUAACGACAUAAAAAAGCUUUUAUUUUUAUCAAUAAAUUACAAGAAUAUUGAGAGCACAGAAGAUUCAACAGUAGAGUAUCAUGCUGCCUGUGUUUUACGUAAAUAUUACUUAUAAUUUGUGUAAACAUUUAAUGAUUUUUCCUCAAUCAAGUAGCUUUAUUAUGGUACUGCAUAUAAGCAGACAUACUAUAAAUGACAUUUUAUAUAAUUUUUUUGCCAUAGAAUCUAAAAGAAAUCAGUCGAAGUGUUGUAAUAAAUUACAAAAAUAUUUAGAGCACAGAAUAUUCAACAGUAGAGUGUAUCAUGCUGCCGGAUUUUACCUAAAUAUUACUUAUAAUUUUUUUUCUUCAAGCCAGUAACUUUAUUAUGGAACUGCAAAUAAGCAGUCACACGAUAAAUGACAAUUUAAGUAACUUUUAAUACCAUAGAAUCCAAAAGAAAAUAGUCGAAGUUUGUUUCUCAAAACCAUAGUCUCAAUUUUUUACACUCAAAACUCUCAAAGACAGAAUUUGUUUUUUUAUUUUUAUCAGUAAAUAAGAAGAAUAUUUACGGCACAAAGGUUCAACAGUAGAGAUUUAUAUUUGCUAAAAACGAAAGUACUACUUAUAACUGAUAUAUACUUUUAAUGAUUUGUAUUCAAGCCAGUAACUUUAUUAAACAUAACAAUUUAAGUAACUUUCAAUACCACAGAAUCACAACAUCGAUCGUAUUAAGUAUUGUAGAUUUUAAUUGUAUAGUUAACAAUAGCUGUCGAAAUUUAUUGUAUGAAUUAUAACUUAAUGAAAAUCCAUAAGAGUAGAUCUGUCAUCAUUUGACUUAAAUUGAAAAAUAUAUCAAUUGAAUAUCUAUUAUCUAUUGAAAUAAUUCGAUCGAGACAUUCCAAGAUAAAAUUAUUAAGAUCAGGAAACAUUUUUAGAUUUUUCUUGAGUUAACACUUUGGACUCAGGCAUGAGGCCCAGACAGCUCAGACAUCUUAGAUUUUUCUUGAGUUAACACCCAGGCUCAGACAUCAUGAGGUAAAAUUUUAAUAAUUUUAUGAUAGUCCAAAAAAUAAUUAUACACUCAGGCACUAUGAAUUAGGUUAACUUUAGGUUAACUUAUUCAGUUUUGUAUUUACUAGAUAGAAAUAUAUGACCAGUUGAGUAUUGUAUCUAUUUUAGUAUACACCUCUAUUAUAUCUACUGGUAUUGAAAAUAAUAUGAUCGCUCAUAAUUUUCUUAUCAUUGUAAUAGUUUCCUAUAAUAAUAUUAUCAUAUGCAAACUCUAGCAUAAUAAUUAUAAACUAAGAGCAAGUAUUAUUUUCUUACUAUAACCACAAAAAACUAUGAAAGCUUUAGUGUUUUAUGGACUACUCUUUAGAAUCAUAUAGGAUACAUAUGCCUAUCAUUCUAAAAAAUAAACAGUUUUAUAAUAAACGUCUAAAUUUAAUCUCGAGAUUCAAUAUUAUCAACGAUUAGAAAAAAGUGAAGAAUUAUAGUCAAAUUUACAUAUAUAUAUUUUUUUUUAAUUCACUAUUUUAACUUGAAGCCAGUAACUUUAUUAUAUUAUAAUUUUAUUAUACUCCUUGUGAUAUAAUCUUAUAUUAUUCUUAUAUCUAUGCUCUAGCUUAGUUUUCGAAUAUGAGCAAGUAACUUUUAUAUUUUUUAGAUUUGAUGGCGCACAAAAACUAUGUAUUUCCCUAUAAAAAUUACAUGUAUUUAUUUCAGAUUCCUAAUGGAAAAUUGGAAAAAAAAAUUAUAAAAUUUCUAGAGUCAAAGUUAUGAACAAUUAUUAUGCGAAGCAUAAAAGGUGUCACUCAGUAAAAUUUAAAAAUUUAAAUUUAUUGCAUAGCAACCAAAUAUUUAUUUUUAAUAUAAAUACAGUACAAUUAUAACUACAGUACAAUAAAAAUAAUUUAAUACUUAAAUAUAUGAUUUGUAAUUACAUACUUUUUUCUGUUAUAAUUGUAAUUGUGCCCUUAUGAUAAUUUUAUAUUGCAACACAGUUGUAAACUAUGAGCAAGUAAAAUUUAUAUUUCGAGAUUCUAAACCUAAAAAUUAUCCUUAAAAAAGUAUAUUUUUUAAUUUUCUAGAGUAUCUUUAUAAGAAAACAAAAAAGAAAUCUACAAGAAAAUAAUAAAUUUAAUAUAAAAUCAUAAGAGAAGUGUGUUUGAAAGUGUAUGCUUCCUGGAAUUGUAAGAUCAUAGUUUCAGUAACUUCAAACUAAGUAUAAUCCUAAAUUAUAAUUUAUCUUGUUAUUUUAGAGACUGUUAAGUUAUUAAAAUUGUAGAUCAAGAUCAUCAGACACUAAUAAAAAAGCAAAAAGAUUUAUUCAGUAAAUUUAAAUAAAUUUAAUAUAGCCUACAUUGUUCUACUAUAGAAUAUGAUGCAUCCAAAUUUAUAUAUUUCUUGUAAGAUAGACUUAAGUUUUAUAAUUUAUCUACGAUAUCAUAAUAUUUUCGUGACGUUAGUAAAUUUAUUCUAUUAUUAGUUUGAUGAUCCUUAUUAUAACCAUAUUUUAUCUAACAUAGUUAAAAACUGUAAGCAUACAGAUAUACAUUUAUUUCUAAUCUACAUAUUAAGUUUUGCUUAAAAUCAAAGAGAAUAUCUAUUUAAGAUCUUUUAAAUAGAAAGGAAUAUCUUUAUAAAGCAGGGGAAAAAAUAGAAUAGAAUAAUAUCCAAAACAACAAAAAUUCAAUUAAUAAUUAAUAGAAAAUCCAAAAAACAUAAAAAAUUAAAACUAACCAAAAUAUUAUGUAGAAUAAAAUCAAUAUCACAGUUAGAGAAGAUUUACCAUUAUGAUUAGAUAUUUUGAAAGGUAUCAAAUUAUUUAAGCAAUAUUAUAUAAUUUUAAACGAAAAUUAAUAAUUUUAAAACACUUAUGGCAGUACUGAAUAAUUAAAUUGAUUUAUCUAGAGAUUGUAUAAGAUUAAUUUAAAAACAUGUCCUUUUUAACAACAUAGGAAAUAUAUAAUAUAAUUUGAAAUGGUUUAAAUUAAAUAAAACAAUGGCCAGUGUAUUAUAAUAUUGUAUAUUUUAUUUAAUUUAUGUUUUAUAGCUACUAAUUUGUACCAAAGAUUUUAACAUAUUCAACAAUAAUUUAAAUUGAAUACCCAGUAUUAGUAACCAAUAUUUAAGUUGUAUUCUUUUUUGGCAAAAUUAUUCUAAAAUGUAACUAAUUAAUCUUUACAAAUCUAACAUAAAGAGAAUUUACUAUGACAAUAUUGACUCAAAAAUAAGCAUAUAACUAUUAUCUAACCGUUGGAAAAUAAUAGCUUUUAACUAAAGAGAGAAGCGAAGUUAAACCACCACGAAAAAUUAGAAAAAUAUAUCAAUUUUUAAAUUUAUAGAAUCGUUACUUUUACCGAGAUUAUUCUUACACACUUUUACAGCAUAAACUAUAUAAGCAGACAUACAACAAAUAACAAUUUAAGUAGCUUUUAUUACCCUAGAAUCUAAAAGAAAACAUCGGUCCAAACAUAUAUUCUAGAUUUUAAUAGUAUAAUUUACAAUAACUGUUGAAGUAUAUUGUAUAAAUUAUAUCUUAAUUAAAAUCUAUAACAGGACAUAUCCGUCAUCACUUGUACGUAGAAUUUAAGAACACCAUUUUAAAAACUUUUAUUUUAACACCAUUUGUAUAUCUGUUCUAUUUUAAAAUAAUAUGGCAAAAACAUUUGGGCUCGUACUCAACACCACCAAGAGAUAACAUUUUCAUUAUUUUCUGAUAAUCCAAUUAAUUUUACAAUUUAGCUAAAUUAGUGACAUUUAAGUUAUCGCUAAUUUAUUCUGUUUAGUAUUUACUAGAUAGUACACUAAAUAGAAUAUCUGUCAUGUUUAAUAUAUGAGUAUAUAAUAUUUAUUUUAGUACACCUAUUGUGUCUACUGCUUAGUUUAAAAGUAAUAUCAUGAGAAAAUUAUAUAUUUUUAGAAAACGUACUUUUGUACUUUUUGGCAAAAAUUAAUAUGUUUCACACUCAUAUUAUAUUUAUCAUAGAACAUCUAAGGUAGAAUUUUAAAAAUUUCAGAAUAAUCACAAAAACAUUUAAGAUUUAGGUUUAUAUAUGAUUAUAAAUUUGUAUAACUAGUUAAUAAAUUAUUAAAUUGAUUUCUUUCGAGCGCCUGCUUUUUUGAAAAUAAUAUGAUCAAGAUACCUAUAACAAAUAUAUAAAUAUAGUCAAUAUAGAAUUAAAUAUUUUUAUAACACUUUUUAUAUACUUUAGGGUAUAAUAAUGCAAGCUCAUAGUCAACUUCAAGUAUAGAAUUUUAAUUAUUUUAUGAUUUUUGUUAAAUUAUUGAUAUUCAGUUAUAAUUCACUCAUCCCGUUUAUGAUUUGCUAUGUAAAUCAAUACUAAUCAUCCCUAAUUGAUAUAGCAUUAAAUUUAUUUUAAGAACGUAUUUUUAUAAGCUUUUAAAUAUAUGACGGUUAAAAUAUAACAGAAAAAAUACUUAAUAUAAGUUGUGUAAAUAAGUAAUGUGUGAGCUUAUAUUCAACAUCAAAAGUAGAAUUUUAGUAAUUUUAUGAUAUCCAAAUAAUUUUAAACUUUGGUUAAAUUAUUGACUUUAGGCUAUCAGCAUUAAACUUAAUUUGAAACACCUUUUGUAUAUGCUACAUUUGAAAAUAACAUCAUAAAAACAUAAGAGAUAAAUUAUUUAUUCAGGAAAAUAUUACUAGAAAGUAUUUUAUAUAGUUCUUGAUUAAAUAUCGGAGCUCAUGGCCAGUAGUAAUUUUAAAGUUUUGGUUAUAUUAAUGAGUUAGUAUUUACUUAUCUCAUUUAGUAUUUACUAGAUCUUUUCAUGUAAAAGAAAUGAGAAUUACACACCUUUUAUUCUAAAUAAUCUUGGUACAGUAAUCCAGAAACAAACAUUUUUAAAUAAAUUUUAAAAUAUCUAUUAUAAUGAACUUUCGACUAGCAAACAAGACAAAACCGAAUACCGACCUCAUUCCAUUAGCCCACCAAGUAAAAAUUAAAACAAAACAAACAAAAAAAUGAUAAGAUAAAAAAGCCAGUACACCCCAAAAAUUAAUUUUGUACUACGUCUCCCUUGUACAAAGAAGCACCGCGCCAGUGCAGUGUUCCCAACUCAGGAUUUAGCUGCUAUAGAAACUAUUGAAAUAUUUUUACUAGUGAACGAAGACGAUCGCCCUGUACAUUAAUAAGAUUAAUUAUUGUAUAUGGUCUCACAUUUUAAUAUUUGAUGAUGAUCGAGAACCAGUAAGGUGUCAGUUUUUUCUUUCUUUUAUUUGUUAGACUUGUACGUGCUCCAUCAGUCGUUGUUGUUUUUAGUUUGUCUUUCUUUUUAUCAUUAUUUAUAUAACAUAUCGUGUUCUUUGUUUAUUUAUGUCCAUACUAUGCCCGUUAUACAGUGACGUUCGUAAAAUCCAUAUCAAAUAUCAUUUAUAUUUAAUUUUAUAUGAUAAAAAAAUAUGAUGAUAAAAAAUUACAGAAUUUUGCAUCAAAUAUUUUUUAUAAAGAGUGCCAAAUAUGCUUUUUUUCAUAAUUUUGAAAAGCCUAACAUCUAUUUAUCCCCCUAUCUUCGAUAUACAUUUAUUUUUAUUUUUCAAAUCAUAAUGACGUCAUUUAAUUUAAAAACCAUUUCAUUUAUCAUAAUAACCAUUUCAAACGAUCAAAUAAUAAUCACCAUAAGCGUAGAAGUAACAUUUCAUUUUGGGCUUUACUACAUCUGCAUUACUACAGUUCUCGACAGUAACAUUGACAGAUAUUUGGGAUUCUUGUUAAUCGUUAAAAUUUCAAUUAAAAAAAUAUAGUUUUUAAACAAAAACCAAAUGUUCUAAAAACUAUUUAUUUAUAUUUUAAUACGGUUUUAACGUUUAGCAACUACUGCUUAUAAAUCACGCCAUAACAGUUUCACUGUCAAAAACUUCACUAAUAAGCAUACAUUUUAAUUGAAUAGCUGGGUAUAUUUAAUAUAGAAAAACCUACCUAACUAAUUGGUUAAAUUUAGAAAAAUAGAAAAUAAUUUAGCAAGUAUAACAUAAAUAUGAUAUAUAGUUGGAAUAGAGUUCCUAAGAAGAAUUUUAUUUGGUUUGUAUGUCUUAUUUACAGGUAAAAUAGGUCCAACCACAGAUUUUUUUAAAGCAUCGUUUUCAAGUUUUUUUUACAAUUUUAACACCAAUGGAUAUAAAGAAACUUCUAAAAGAUAUGUAUUUUAAUGUAUUAAAUUUAUUUUUUAUUAUAUUAUUAACGGGCUAUCAUACCUUAUCAAGUUAUGAAAAAAAACAUAUUUUAGCACUGUGUAUAAAAAAUAUGUCAAGUGAGUUCUAUCUUAAUGAAAAUUUGAUGAACAUUAACUGUAUAAAACAAUAAGAAUAAAUGCUACAGAAAAAUGAACAAUUAAUAAAUAAUAUAAAUAUCGUAGUUCUCGAAAAAAAUAUUAUCAUUAACGAUAUUGAAAAAACUAUAUUAAGAGAUUUUUAUACAUUUACUUUGGCUUAUUCUUUGGGCAUUCUUGUAAAUAAUAACUGAGCAGAUGAGGAAAACAUUCCAUUUAAUAUCUUAUUAUUUUUACCUAAUUUGACGGUUGUCAUCAAAAUCGAAUCUUUGAUGGAGUGGAAAAUUAGAUAUGUAUAUGUGAGCACACCAUACUGGUUCUAUAAAUGGCUGUAUCUCUGGCAAAAAUAUAGGGCUCUUGUAACAAGGUUAUGAAGAAUCGCAUCGGGACUUUUUAAACAAUUUUAGCACUAGAUUUGCAAAAAAAACAAAUAAAUGGACUUCUAGCCAAUAAUUAUUACACUUAAAGAUGACUGAAUCUGAUGUCUCCGAUGCGCAAAUUCAUCAAUCAAAUUUACAGUUACAAGAAACCUAUAUUUCUGCUUAACCUAAAGUAUAUGACGAGGAUGUACCGUAUAUAAAUGUUAUGUUGGGUUUAUGUUGAUUUUUUUCUUCUGGUUUUUCGAUUAGGUAUUUUAGUUAUUUUUUUUCUAUAUCUCUGUAAAAUUGUUUGUUAUCGUGGCGUGCGCGCGUAGACAUCCUCUGUUGUUUAAGUUUUUCUCUUUAAUUCCUAUAGGCCACAGUUUUUUCUUUUUUUUUGUAAUUGUUGAGUGACUUAUUAUGUUUCCAUUUUGAGUCUUUACAUUAUUAUAUUACUACCUUAAUAUACAUAUUGAGCAUGUACUUUAAUUGAAUUGUACCUUUAUUUUCUAUUGUUAUUAAACCAAAGUUAUUAGACCAAA